AUGGAGGCAGGUGCAGUUCUCCUGCUGUUCGCACUCUGUGGGUUCGCUUCCACGCAGAGCUUUUAUGGAGACAGCAUCAGUUUCAAGACUCCACACAAGAAGGCGGAUGGGACAUUUACAGUGACCUUUAAUCACAGACAGAAUGGCAGAGACAGCUGUGUCAACCAGUCAUCCUACACAUGUGACGGCGGGGUGUGCACAGGCUUCAGUACGCCAAGUGUCCUGCAAACAGACCAGGAUUCCUUGGGUCAGAAGCUGUGGUGCCAGUCCGAAGGCCAAACAACAGCAACCAUCUCAACUAAUAAAACCACUCUUUCUCUGAGGGCCUCGGGCUGCUGCUGGGUGUCGAAUGUCGAAGGCAAAACCAACUGGACGUCUCACGCAGAGUUGGACCUGGGAACUCGAUCUGACUCGCACGCCCUCAACAGCUGUCCAGUAACCACCACCGUGUCCUCUUUACGGGUUCCUCAGAACUGUUUUUCCAGGGUUCAACUCCUGGCACACGAUCCAGACGCAGAUAAAGUCAAAUGUCGCUUUACUGAAGACGCCACAGUUCCCACAAACUUUACCCUCAAUGAGACUACAUGCACACUGACAAGUACAGGUGAAGUCCCCAUUGGUGUCCACGUGUUUGAGCUGAUGCUGGAGGACUUUUCCACCAAAAACCUCACGCUGACCUACGCAGAUGGAACAUCGGCCACUCGGACGGCCUCCGACGGCGCAGCACCGCUCUGCAAAGUGAAGCUGCAGUUCUCAAUGGAGGUCCUUUCUGCAAUAUCAAACUGUGCACCUGGUGACGUGCAGCCCAUGUUCUUGUCUAAGACUCCUUCGCAUGGCGAUAUCCUUUAUGCCACUGCGGGUCAGAAAUUCCAGCUUACUGCCGAAGCACAGGCUCACCAUUCCAGUAUAUACGACUUCCAGGUCAGCGGCCCCCGGAACAUGACCAAAGUGUUCAGUGAUGGUCAGAAUGGAAAAGCUGAAGUCACUCUGAGCUGGACACCAGACCAAAGCGACCUGUACAGAUACAUCCCAGUCUGCUUCACAGCGGAGACAAAUGCAACCCAAUCAGAAAUGAGGUGUGUUGUUGUCAUGGUGAUCCAAGCAUCUAUCAUUCAAGGCAAGGCCAAUGUUAAAUGCUCACCCAACAAGAUGGAGGUGGCCAUCGACAAAUCCUCCAUGCCUGACAUCGACGAGAACUUUCUCAAGCUGAGAGACCCGUCGUGCUCUUUCACCUCCAACGAGACUCACAUCAUGGCCUCCAUGUCAUUCAGCACCUGCGGGACCAAAGCUGAGGAUAAAGGUGACUUUCUUGUUUUCAAGAAUGAGAUCAACUCCUUCGAGCUGGCCAGUGAGAUUAUAGUCCGAAGGAAGACCGUUAAGAUCGAUUUCUCUUGCCAGUUUCCCAAAACAAUCAGCAUCUCCAGUUACUACAAUCUCCACAAGUCUGACUACAUUUUCACCGAGUCCAGCUUCGGCAGCUUCGGCUACACUUUCGAGAUCUUCCGUGAUGGCAACUUCACAAAUAAGGUGGAGGCCAGCGCCUAUCCAGUGGAGGUCAAGCUGUUGGAAAAAGUUUAUAUGGGCAUUCAAGCUGAAUCGGAGUUACCAAACGUGACUUUGUUUGUUGAAUCAUGCAAAGCAACUCCUGAUGACAACCCUGACAACACACUCUACUAUGACCUCAUCAAGAACGGGUGUCUGCAGGAUGAGACAGUUAAGGUGUACCCAUCUAAUCAAACUGUAUUCAACUUUGAGGUCCAAGCCUUCAAAUUUACUGGAAACUAUGAUCAGGUGUACAUCACCUGCUCCGUCAUCCUGUGUGAGCCUGGGAGUUCCUUUUCCAGAUGUGCUCAGGGUUGCCUGAAGGAUGCAUCCCGCAGACGACGCAAGCGAGAGCUGACCAAGGAGACCGACAGCCACUACAUCAUUCAGGGUCCUUUGCGGUUUGUGGGGCAGGGUGUUCCCAGCGCAGCGGUGGAUGAUAGUGUCAACAACGUUGUGAUGGAGAAGAUUGAAAAGAUAGAAACACCCGUUACAACAGCGAUUCCUCCACCAGCUUCCUCAGACACCAAAUCGAGCGGAGGAGGUGGGGUAAUCAGGGAGAUCCUCAACACCAACACCAGCACCUUGAUCUUCGCCAGCGCCUUCAUAGUGUCACUGAUGGUGAUGGCUGUGAUGGUUGCUUACUUCACCAGGAAGAGAAAAGCAGAAGACCGCAAGCUUCUUAUUUCAGACUGGGAGAAUUAAACCCAACUAAUCCCAGACUGAGACAUCUCUUCCACAGCAUGUUAUUGGUUUAUUUUAUUAAAGGAUAGGUUCACUUUUUUAAAAAAAAGACAAAUAUUUUUUUCAUUUUUACAAUAGAAAUCUUAAUAUAAGAUAUAUGGGAGGCUAAUUCCUCAGUCCUCCCUCUGUGCAAAAAUAUAUUCCAAACUGUGUCAGGCUGGAAAUUUAGACACUAGUUUCCCAGUUAUGGAAAUACAUAGAAAUGUAUUGAAAAUGACCAAAUAUCCUGGAAAUAAUUAGGGUGCAUAUUUAGUUUGAAACUCAGCUGUUGUAAAAAAAAUUAUAUUUGUUGUAAAAGACUUCUAGAAGAUGAGUCCCAAGAACCCAAGUUAAUGUUACAGUUAGCAGAAAGCUAUAGUCAACUGUAAACUGAAUCAAUUUGAUGCAGCAGAAAAAAUUGCUGUUGUGAGAACAUUAAAAUUAAUUAAUUAGGAACCUAUCCUUUACAGAGCUUCUCUUUAAAAUUAUGGGGUGUUCUGGUGGGCAAGUGGUCUAACAUGUAAUGCAUGAUGACGUAAUUUUUGUGAAGAGUUGCAUGUUGUCACCUAAUUAUCCUUUAACUGGUUUCCUCUCUAUACUGUCUACUGUCGAAUGAAGGCACAGGUCACGAAAUCUAAUCUUUAAAAACAAAAGUACAUAGUUGCACUGAAGAAAAGCUGAUGGAUGCUUUUCUGUAAUUGGCUUUGGUUUCUAUUUAUGGUUGUUUGUCACAUCUGAACCCCACCCACAGCCUCACUGAACCAGUUUUUUUUUUUCAGGCCAGUUGUUAAAGCAUGUGCAUAUUUCUACUGCCAUGAAAAAACAAAAUUCCACUCUGUCUGGUUUUGCAGGAUUUUUUCGAUUGCCACUGUCCUCACUGUGUCAACAUUUUGCAAACAGGUUCUCAGCAAUUAUCUUUUGAUGUUGAAGGUUUGUUUGGUUAAGUGACAUGUGAACUUGAAUGUGCAAUUUUAUUUAGUAUUUUUGCAUUUGGCUCAUGAUUUUAGACCUUAUAAAAUAUAGAUUUAUUCAUAUACUGUAUAUAACUGAAGAGUUAGACUUCAUUUUUUAAUUUUACUUUAUAGAGGCCUGUUUAACCUCUGAAUUUACAACCAUUACUGAUUUAAACAAACAUUCAAUGUGACCAACAGAUUUAGUUAUUGUCCAUUUAUUUAAACAGUCAAACUAUUUGGGAGUGAUAACAACAUCACAUGCUGUGUGUUGCCAUGUGUUGCCAUUUUGUCUACAUUAGAAGAAUUACCCUUUUUCAGUGUAGUCCAGUAUGUUACAUAUGUUCCAGUUCUGGUGAGCAAUAUCUAAUGGUGAAAUAAUAUAUUUGUGUAAUUUAAAUGGGAUUUGAGUUACAAUACAAGGGAAAAUAUGCAUUAUAUUGAUAUACUUAAUCACAUAAUAAACACAUUUCUG